AUGCUGUCAACUGCCGCCGACGUUGGCUCGGCGCCAAAACGAAAGGUCGCAAACACGUACGGGAAGAACCGAAAUCGAAAUGCGGUGCCAGGCACGGCAGAGGGUGCUUCAUCCAGCAAGCCCACCUCGUCCAAGCCAACGUCUCUGUCGAGGCCAAAGCUAAAGGGCGAAAAUGCAUCGGCGCGCACCCCCGCAAGUGCCCCAUCGCUAGACGAUGAGGAGGGGGAUCCAUAUGACUUCCCAGAUGAUACUGCCGCUCCUGUUGUGAAGAAACAUUCUAGCUACCGCUCUGUCGCAAAACCCGCGCAAACAGCCGCCACAUCCGGCUCUUCUCUAGACCCUCGCACCACCAUGAAAAGAAAACCAACACACCCUCCAAGUGCUAGGCUACCCAAGAAACAGAGAUCUUCGAGUCCCGAUGUGCAGCCGGAAUCACGGCAAUCUCCAAAACCAUCAAUAGCUGAUCGUCAACCGCAACUAAACUUUAAGCUGGGAAAGGGGAGUUCCCGUCCCUCGCCGUCAGAUACUGUUGCUACUACUGCUGCUAGCUCUUCGUCGAGCAGCUCAACCGGAGAAAGUGGAAGGCAACGGUCCAUUCCUAUCCGUCCGACAAGGACCCUGGAGAAACCAGUGCUCAAAAAUCAGAAGAACUCUUCGAUCGACUCUUCUUCCUUCGAUGCCAUUGGUCUUGCGGUUGAGGCGACAAUAGGAGAACGUACAACACGGAAACGAAGUCCGGAAAAGCAACCGAGACCUACGCCGAAGAAGGAUACCGUGUCCUACAGCAGCGCGUCGCAUGCAGGUGUUGCUAAGUUGCAGAGGCCAACGCAGUCUAUGACUAGGAAGACUGUAUCCUCUUCUGAUAUCAGCACAACAACGACACCUCCCGCCAAACGUAGACCACGGCUUAUUGACACACUCAAAGCUCAGGCUGAGAAUAACUCAUCUUCAUCGUCAGACGAGAAUGAGGACGGGUUCGGGGAAACUCCUCGGAGUCGGAGCAGAGAGCAUGUUCAUGAUCUCAAAGCCUCGCAGACGUCAAGCCCCCAACCAUCACAGCCUUCAGAAACACCAAGAGCACGAACGUUAACACGCCACGGAUCAAUGCCAAAGAAGCCAGGCCUCAAGUAUACCUACAGCCAGCAGCGGACCAUGCUUGCCGACGAUUCUAUGUUGGAUGGUCUUGACCCCCUCAAGGCCGAGGAGCUGGCAUUCUCGCAGCCUCUUUUGGCGCCAAGCGAACCACAACCGAGCGCCUAUGACUUCGACGAUGGCCUGGUAGAAGAUGCGGCUGCCUCAGGUGCUGUGCGUGGUAUUCAUGAGUUACGAAGGGCAGGGGCAAACAACAGAACGACAGACGAAAUGAACGACAUUUUAGAUAGGAUUGGAGUGCCCAGUGAUAAGGCUUCCUCAGUACGAAGAAGCGCGCUACUCGAGAUGGCUACUCAGGUUCAGGACAAGACAUUCCGUCGGCAGUUCCUCAUACACGACAAUGGCACAACAAGUCUUCUCAAAGGUGUCGGCAAUGAGACGGAUCCAAUCGCUGCGUAUCUGAUAACUGCCAUCCUCACUACACUAUUGGCAACUGCAACCUCCUCUCAUCUCAGUCGCCAGCUCCAACUCGAAGAUUUGGCAAAAGUCAUGGAGCUUUUACUUACUUACGAAAUGGAUAUCGCUGUAUUAGCAAAAGACCGCAAAAGUAAUCUCUCAAAGUUCACGCAAAACACACUGAUGCGCGUCAAGAACUCUUUAUUACAGAUGAAAAUCUGGGAGCCGUCAACAUCACUUUCUCAAUUGUCACCUCGGACGCUGGCAUUGAUGUGUAUGCACCAAAUACAACAACAGACGCCGGUGGAAGAGCUGUUGACGGCAGAUCUGACUGCUCAACUCUUUGAGAUCCUGGCAGCGCCUGCCGAGCGCCGCGAGGCGCUCAGCUGGGAUUCGCCUGGGCAAGCUGAGCCUAUGGAUAUGUUUCUCGUCCUUUCCAUAUUGGUGGCAUACUCACCCGAAGUUAUGCAAUCGGAGUCCGCCGGGGCGUGGAACGUAAAGCAUUUGCCCACAAUUGCCAGCGUUCUGGAAACUUCGCUGUCCCAGGCGAUAGCUCAACUGGGAGAUCUGGAGAUACUUAUUCUUCAGUUGACACUAAACACGUCCAAUGGCAACCAGACAGGGCAGACCAUAUUGCUGGAGAAGGGGCUUCUUCGCAACUUGGCGCAGGCGGCACAUACAAUGUUCGACUCGGUCUUGCAGUCGAUAACGAACAACACUUUUGCCAAACCCGUUAUCGACACGCUGACUAUUCUUUUGGGUCUUAUGAUCAACUUAUCUGAGCACUAUGAGCUUGCCGGUACUACAUUGAAGGAUUUUGAGCCAUUUGACCAACUGAUCAGCUUCUUCCAUAGCUAUAGUUCGAGAACGCAAGAGGCAAGUGAUUCGCUGAGUUCUCGGGCUGAUUCGGAAGAGAAGGCUUCGCUCAACGUUGCCUUUGGAUACCUUGCUGUUUUGCUAGGCUGUCUAUGCCGACACAGGCCUACACGGAAGAGAUUCGAGGCGCUGAAUUUGAGCAAGACUAUCAGACCUCUGAUUAGCGCGAUACAGGAAUUUGCGAAACAUCUCGAGACUACACAUGCGAAAUUCGGCGUUGAGGGGGACCCCAACGCACUCUCUCAGAUUGAGCGCCUGCGCAUUCUAAUUGAUGAAUUGGAGGGCAUUUAG